GAGAGAGAGAGAGAGCGGUUGAUAGAAAACAGAGUGAGAGGGAGAGACAGAGUCAGUGCAGAUUGUGCUUACCAAGCAGACUGGAUUAACAGCUGAAACAAACUGGACCUGUUUUUUCUCUUUUUAGCCUAAGGUAGAGACUCAGCGAUAAGUAGGAUGGUUGUUUAGACAGAGCCACAUGCUGGUUGGGCACCAGGACUGAAAAAGCUAUGGCAGUCAUAUCUAGAUCCUCUCACUCAUCCUAUAGCAUUUAGUAUGGUGAGAAUCUCUUACAUGGCUUACUUCGGUUAAGUUUACCCUGGACUUGCUGGUGUGGGAGGCUGUUUUUGCUUUGACAUUGACCCAUAACCCCAAACUCUGCUUUUGCAGGAUCUGUCUCCCUUGGAGUUUGAAUCUUAAUUUUUUGGCCAUUGACCCCUGGAGCAGGAAAGGGUUUCUGAUUUUUUUGGCAGGGGACCAGACCUGCUGAGAACCAGUCUGGACUGAACCCACAAGCUUUUUUAUUUUUUAAAUCAGUGGACAGCAGAACAAUUUUUCUUCUACGAGGACUUCUUCGUCUGUUACACCAAGAUCCAAGACUUACCGCACUGGAGGCGGACCUUUAAGGGACCUCUCUGGCCCGUAUUGCCCCAGGACCAUGGGCUCUCUCUGGGGCAGCGUUAUGCUGCUGAUGUGUGGGGUGGUUCUCCUCAGGGUGGAGGGUUACGAAGAAACCAAAAACAAUGUCCCCAGACUAAAACUCUCCUACAAAGAAAUGCUGGAGUCUAACAACCUUGUGACAUUCGAAGGUCUGGCCAACAGUUCGUCUUACCACACCUUCCUGUUGGACGAGGAGAAAGGACGACUGGUGGUGGGAGCCAAGGACCACAUCUUCUCCUUCAACCUCAUCAACAUCAGCAGAGACUAUUCACAGAUCCCUUGGCCGGCUUCUCCCACCAGAAGAGACGAAUGCAAGUGGGCAGGAAAAGAUCUCUCGAGGGAGUGCUCUAAUUUCAUCAAGGUGCUGCAGCCGUUCAACCAGACCCAUAUCUAUGUGUGUGGAACAGGUGCCUUCCACCCGGUGUGUUCCUACCUGGAAGUGGGCAAGAAAUCAGAGGACAGCGUGUUCAGACUGGAGCCUCACAUAGAAAACGGCAGAGGGAAGAGUCCUUAUGACCCCAAGCUGCUCACUGCCUCCAUGCUAAUCGAUGGGGAACUGUAUGCUGGGACAUCAGCUGACUUCAUGGGACGGGACUUUGCCAUCUUUCGCACUCUUGGCAAGCAUCAUCCAAUCAGAACAGAGCAACACGACUCCCGUUGGCUAAAUGAUCCCAGGUUUGUUGGCGUUCAUCAGAUCCCGGAGAGCGACAACCCAGAAGAUGACAAAAUCUACUUGUUCUUCAAAGAAAACGCUAUUGAUGGAGAGCAUGUCGGGAAGGCCACGCACGCUCGCAUUGGACAGCUCUGCAAAAAUGACUUGGGAGGUCACCGGAGUCUCGUCAAUAAGUGGACCACCUUCCUUAAGGCUCGACUUAUUUGCUCCGUGCCUGGCAGUAAUGGAAUAGACACACACUUUGAUGAACUACAGGAUGUUUUUCUCAUGAGCACAAAGGAUCCAAAGAGCCCAAUCAUCUACGCAGUGUUUUCAACUUCCAGCAACAUCUUCAAAGGUUCAGCUGUGUGUAUGUACAGCAUGACAGACAUAAGGAGAGUGUUCCUGGGUCCUUAUGCUCAUAGAGAUGGCCCCAACUACCAAUGGGUGCCCUAUCAGGGACGUGUGCCCUACCCACGUCCUGGCACGUGCCCAAGUAAGACAUUUGGAGGAUUCGAUACAACCAAGGACCUUCCUGAUGAAGUGGUAACCUUUGCCAGAAGUCACCCAGCCAUGUAUAACCCAGUCUACCCCAUUAACAAUCGGCCAAUCAUAGUCAAAACAGAUGUGGACUACCAGUUUACCCAGAUAGUGGUGGAUAAGGUAGAAGCAGAAGAUGGCCUAUAUGACGUCAUGUUCAUUGGCACAGACAUAGGGACGAUACUGAAAGUUGUUUCCAUACCCCGAGGCUCCUGGCAUGACCUGGAGGAAGUCCUAUUGGAGGAAAUGACUGUUUUCAGGGAGCCAACAGCCAUAACAGCAAUGGAACUUUCAACCAAACAGCAACAACUGUACUUGGGCUCAGACAUUGGCGUGUCCCAGAUGCCUUUGCAUCGAUGUGAGGUGUAUGGGAAGGCCUGUGCUGAAUGCUGCCUGGCAAGGGACCCUUACUGUGCAUGGGAUGGCGCAGAGUGCUCCAGAUACUUCCCCAUGGCUAAGAGAAGAACAAGAAGGCAAGAUAUCAGGAACGGAGACCCACUCACACAAUGCUCGGAUCUGCAGCAUCAGGAUGAACUGAGUGGGCAGUCGACUCUCCUGGAUAAAACAGUAUACGGUGUGGAAAACAGCAGCACUUUCCUUGAGUGCAGUCCCAAGUCGCAGAGAGCCCUGACUUAUUGGCAGUAUCAGCGCUCCACCGAUGACCGCAAACUUGAGGUGAAAUCAGAAGAACGUUUCAUCCGCACAGACCAGGGCCUCCUGAUUCGCGCUCUUAACAAAAAGGAUUCUGGGAUCUAUCUGUGCCAGGCAGUGGAGCACGGAUUCAUGCAGACACUCCUGAAGGUCACCUUGGAGAUCAUCGACACAGAGCGCCUGGAGGAUCUGCUCCAUCGCGACAAAGACACCGCGGCCGCCACUGUUCCAGUUCCGGACCGUUCCUCACUUCAAGAAUCGCCCAAUCAGAAGCUUUGGUACAGAGACUUCCUGUCCCUGGUCAACCACCCGACUCUGAACAGCGUCGACGAGUUCUGCGAGCAGGUGUGGAAACGGGAGAGGAAGCACAGGAAGCAGAAAGCUCACCUGGUGCAGCAAGUGCAAAUGCACCAGCAGCAGCAGCAGCAGCAGCAGAAGGUCGUGGUGAACCCUCACCCCCACAUUCAUGCUCAAGGGCUUUCUGCCAAGUGGAAACACCUACAAGACAGGCAGAAGGGACGCAACCGCAGGACCCAUGAACUGGAGAGGGCUCCCCGCAGUGUCUAACCCACAAACCCAGACUUUUAACUCCCAAACCUGAACCCACAUCCAGUAUCUCAUCCUGUAUUCCCAAUGAACUUUCCCACUUUUCUCCUUCAGAUCGAGAUAUGGACUUCCUCAACAAGGGAUAGCAAAGUCUUAACCGCUAAAACUAUCCUGAUCCAGCCGGUGGAUGCUUUCAUGCGUGGGCAGCCAUGUUUACAGUACGCCGGCGCAGAGGACCGCAGGGUUGCAGGAUGUUGUAUCACGACCAGAACAUUGGAGCAUAUUAUCUCAGCUGGCCUCUGAGGCCUGAGCACAUCAGAGGGACCGUGGAGACCAGCACAAGACCUGGACACAUCUGCCCAUCCUUUCAGAUAUGACUGACUCCAUUUUGGCAUCAUAGUUUUCACGGCAUUGUCUCAUGGCAUGCUACUAAGGUGACAAUUCAUUUUCUACUUCACAUUUAUGAAAUAAGAGGUAGUGGGAUUGUAUUAAAUACAGUGUGCAGUGAAAACGGACUUGUAUCUGUAUAACAAGCACAAAACAAGUGACACUCAUGGAAAAGCACAUGAUGGGAUAUUUGUGGUCUUUUGUUUUGGUAUUAUAGGUGGUUAAAUAAGACAACAUUAGAGAGAGAAAUGCCCAAACGCUGCAAGAAUCUAGGGACAUUUACCAUGCGUCAAUAAAUAUUAUGAUGUAGCUAAAUAUGUGUAAAUAUUGUAUUCUCGGACUUCUCCUCAUACUAAAGGGAAUGGCUUGCAAAUGUCUUGUUGUCUCUUUGUUGUUUCCCCCAGAUGAAAAUGUAUUUAAGAAAAAGAAAAAGAAGCAGAUGUAAACAGGGAGAUAUUGUACAUAACGUUGUGUCCAUGACCUAGAUAAGCUUCCCAAACAAAGUCAGGUUUUUUAUUCUUCUGUUUUGUUUAUCUGUUUUUUAUUUGACUCAUCAGAUUCCUUCCCAGUGUCAGCAGCCUGUCACUCUUUAUCGAUGUCUGCCAGCUGCCUUCUCUCAGUGCAACACAAAAUGUCAUACUGGGUUUCUUCCAUGUUCGUUCUACUUUGUAUACAUGCAUUAUUUUGAUAAAAUAUGUGUAUUUAUUUAUAUUCAAAUGUGUAAAAUUGUGAAAAUAUUCUCCCAUGUGCAGGCGUUUUUUUUUUCUUCCAAUUGGUCACUUGGAUUGAUUCAUUUUCACUGACACCAUCAGUCUCUUCAGAUAACUGUUUUAUCAAAAUACUGUAGUAAGACUACUGUAGUACCUUUUUUUUUUUUUUUUUAACAAUAAUGGUCACCAUGCAUAAUAUAGUCGUUGAGACACUGAGCAAUAACUCAGUGUCCAUACUGUAUAUUUCUUCUACCUGUAUUGCCUCAUAUCCAUAUUCUUCACAGGCAGCGCAGUGUGAAACCUUCAUAUCACUGCAUGUAACAAAAAACACGUUUUUAAUAUACAAUGUACACACACACACACACACACACACACACACACACACACACACACACACAUACAAACCUGGAAUGUAGCUGUGAACAUUAUGUAAAUAUAAAUACUAUGUUCUACGUUCGACAAGUAUGACACUGUUUACUAGUGCAUGUGAAUGCUAUCGUAGUGUUCCUGUUUUUUGCUAUAGCGACGAUAUACUAGUCUGGUGUUUGUCGACGAUACUCUGUUGUUUUUCUUAUGCAGUAUGUGAUAUUAAAAGUUGUACAUAAUAUUUCAGCUAGGACUCUGAACUGUAUAAAUGAUAAUUCCUGAGGUAUAGGUAGUCAUUAAAAAAAAUUAUAAACAAGAUCUAAGCAGGGUUUUGUCGUGGGUUUAAAUAUCCAACACCCUGUUAUCAACAAUGGACAAUGUGAGUUAAAAACACAUCAUCAGUAUGUUAGAAGAUCUUGUCUAGUGUGUGUUUAAAAAAAACUUUAAAAGAAAGUUGAACUGAGUUGAACUCCAGACGAGUUGUAGGACUUUCAGUCGAGAUGUGCAUAUGAUGAGAUCGUCAUUAUUAAAGAGGGAAAAAAAAAGGAUGCCUCACUCCACCUAUCUUGGACAUUCAAUAAAAGUGAGGAAAUUACAGUGCUGCUGCUGCUGCUGCUUCUUGGCAUGAUGAUGAUGAUGGUGGUGAUGUAUUCUACUGAUCUAAUAAAUGUCUCUUCAUAAA